GGUAGUACGUCGACUGUAAAAAUGUUGUGUGCUAAGCAAAAAUCGAUAUUCAUAAACUUUAAAUCAGUUAAAUGUCUGUCAAAUGUAUUCUCGAGAUUACUAAGUACACAAACUGUACAAAAUGUAAUCAAUUUAAACAAUAACAAAUACGAAUCAGAUGAUUACUCAAAUCUGACACCGAAAAUCAUGAGUUAUCUCGGUCGGAAUAUUUAUCUUCAGAAAAAUCAUCCGCUCUCAAUGAUGAGACAGAAGAUAAUAAAAUAUUUCUACCAAGAAUAUUCAAAUCCUAAAGGAACACCCCUCUUCAGCGUUUAUGAUCGACUGAGUCCUGUAGUAUCAACGAAACAGAACUUUGAUUAUUUGUUAAUUCCUCCAAAUCAUCCCAGCAGAGCAAAGAGUGACUGCUAUUACAUAAACAGAGAAUAUAUGUUAAGAGGCCAUUGUACAGCUCACCAACUUGAUCUUCUAAGAUCUGGACUGGAUAAUUUCUUGAUUGUUGGAGAUGUAUAUCGAAGAGAUGAAAUCGAUUCAACGCAUUUUCCAGUAUUCCAUCAGGUUGAUGCGGUUCGAGUCGUUCAUAAUGAUAAAUUGUUUAAAAACAAUCCUGAUUUGGAGAUUUUUGAGAAAGAAUUUGUCAACAACGAUAUUGCUGCGAUUGGAUCAUCAGAUAAAUGCAUAGAUCAAGUGAAACAACCUUGUCACACUGUUGAAGCUGUAAAGCUUAUUGAACAUGAAAUGAAAAAUGUUCUUGAAGGUAUGGUGAAAGCGAUUUUUGGCAAAACGUUAAAACAUCGAUGGGUCGAUGCAUUUUUUCCAUUCACACAACCUUCCUGGGAACUAGAAAUAUUUCAUAAGGGAAAAUGGGUGGAAAUACUUGGUGCCGGUGUAAUGAGAAAUCAAAUUCUUAAGAGAGCUGGAGUUGAUAAUUCUAUUGGAUAUGCCUUCGGUCUUGGAUUGGAACGUCUCGCAAUGAUUCUUUAUGAGAUUCCUGAUAUCCGAUUGUUUUGGAGCAAAGAUAGUGGAUUUUUAAAUCAAUUCGAUGAAAGCGAUUUAAAGAAAAUUUUCAAAUACAAACCAGUGUCGCAAUAUCCUCAAUGCGCAAAUGAUAUAUCGUUUUGGUUACCAACCGAACUUCCAAUUGAAGCAUUUUCUCCCAAUGAUUUCUACGAUUUGGUACGAAACAUCGCUGGGGAUAUAGCAGAACAAGUGACUUUAUAUGAUAAAUUCACUCAUCCUAAGACUGGCCGAAACAGUUUAUGUUUCAGGAUUGUCUACCGUCAUAUGGAACGUACUUUGACCCAGAAAGAAGUAAAUGAAAUUCAUUCUAAUAUAGGAAAAUCAAUUGUUGACAAAUAUGGGGUUACAAUAAGAUAAAAAAAUAAAAAAAACUUAAAUUAAAUUGUUAGACUUA